CAACGAGAAGAGCUGGGAGCCUGGGCAAGCGUGUUCUCCCCCGACAAGGAGGGUCUGCUGGAGAAGAAAGGCUACAAAGAGCGGUGGUUCAGACUGAAGGGAAACCUCCUUUUCUAUAUCAAGGUGGACGAGUUGGGAGCAUGGGAGGUAAGAAAGAAACCCAACCAGCCACUCCUUUACUGGUCAACCACAGCUGCUUCAGCUUUUGUAUUCUUAGCACAGACUGUAUAUACACUUCCUUCCGUCUUUGUUGGUCUAUGGGACAAGUGUAAGCAGCACAUACCUCCAGUGUCGGUAUACAGUCCCACAUAGACUGUGUCUCUCACUGAGAUGUCAGUACCAUCAUGGACAGCAUUAGUUAGAAUGUCACAGUGAUAGAUACCAGUUGGUGAGUUAGCACCAAUGUUAACUCUCUGAGUUCCACGAACCUCAAAAGUAUUUUUAUUAUGUGAAGCAAAAGGCAGUCUAGUUCCAUUAGGGAAAUACUAGUCUCCACGAUGACAACCAUCUAUAUUAGUACAUGAGCUCAGGUCAGUGAUAUGCUGAACAUCAUCACCAUCACUAACGUCAGAUCUCCCGACUAGACUGAGGUCCACAUUAGAGGAAUGGUUGGCCAGAGUCUGACCCAUUAAGGAGAGAAGGGGAGAGUGGACCUCCACCAGGGACCAGAGGAGACUCAACAUAUUAUUAAGUAGAUAGUUGUACACAAUUGUA